AUGGACGUCGUGGAGGACUUGGUGACCGGGCCCUUCAAGGAGGUCGUGGAGAAGGGGACCAUCGCGCUCGGAAACGCAAACGACGACCGGGACAUGCUCUCCGAGAGCCAGAAGCUGGUCAAGGGCGCCGAGCGCAUCCUCAAGAUCAUUGAGCCGCUGUGCUUGCGCCACCUGGAGGAGUACGGCGUCAACUUUAUAGAUGCGCUCAAGGACGACAACGAGAUUGCCGAGUACAGAUCACAGAUGACUGACAUGAUAUGGGAUUUUGACGACGUAAUCGAUGCCGAAACGUUUGAAAAGGAAAAGUACGCCGAGCUGCGGGAGCUCUGUAAGAAGGCCGGCCUCCGGACCGGAGAGAUCCUGAAGAGGAUGAAGCUGGAGCCGGCCCCGCGAGAGCAACCUCUCAUCCCGAUCAUCGCGACGUCGCCACCGGCUACGCACGAGACACAGGACCAAGGCCACGCAAGUCUAACCACACCCCAAGAGGGACACAAUUUCCAGAUAGAGCCGCAGGAAGAACAACACCCACCCGAGCCAGAAUCAAAAGUCAGGGAAGAGGUCCUCGAGCCACCGCCUCCUCCCCCGACGAACCCGUGGGAUCUGAGAGCAAGCCCCGUCAUCGAAACGGGGAUGGAGAUGCCCAUGAGCGAGAUCAACAUUGAGCGCCGACCCCCCAUCUCUUCCAUGAGCUCUCCCACGUCGGAUCCGGGCAGUCCGAAAGACAUGAACAGACUCUCGCACAGCUCGAAUCAUCGAUUAGACAUUCCCACCGACCGCGUCCUGUCGGAAGAGGACCGGUACCACCAGAUGAGCCCGCAGGACCUCACGAGGUCCCCGGUUUUGAUGACGGACAGGAACCACCCCAUCGUCUCGCGCGGACGAGCGUCGUCCACCACACUGGGCAUCGUCACGGAAGACCAGACACAGACGCCGCGGAACGGGAACGGGAACGGGAACGGUGGUCACUCCCCGCGGCCCCACCGGCGCUCACAAGCCAGUUCCAUGUACUCGCACGCCUCACGGCAGCGCUCCCAAGAGUCCCUGCACGACUCCGUCUUUGACGGCGGCGGGGGCAGGAGGAACUCAGGCGCAAUCAGCCCCUCCAUGACGGAGCACCGCGCCUCCACCUCCUCGGCCCAUGACGGACGGCUCAGCCCAACGCCGAAGGCGGCGCCGCCACCCAUCAUACCGCCUAACUUCCCACCCGGCGUCCACGAGGGUAUCGAGAGGGUGCCGCUGGCCGUGAGCGACGGCGAAGGCCUGAUACCGGUAGAGUCGGAGUCGUCUUCUUCGCAGAACAGGGAGCCGCCUUUCAUGGUCUCGUCCCGGCCAAAGGAUUGCAAUAUCGGGUUGAGCAGCUCAUUUUACUUGUACAAGGGGUUCUGUGAGGGCGCGAAAGAAGUCACCCGUGGUGGUCUCGGGGUCAAAAAGAUCAAGAAACCAGGAUUCUCUGGCGCCCACGAGGUCGCCAAGUGUUCGAGCUGCUCUUACGAGCUCGACUUCAAACAGGUCGAAAACGAUAUCAACAAAUCUGAGGAUGCAAAUCACCAAUCCAACAAAAUCUCGUACCGCCCGCGCUUCCUCCAAAAGAGCCACGUUGCCACGAAACGCGCCGACGAGUUCCUCUACGGCUGCGUCUUUUGCGUCCACAUCCAACACACCCUCGAAGAGUGCGACGCGACAGUCUUCUUCAGCCAGAAGAAGCUCUUCGAGCACCUCGCUCGGCACCCGCGACCGCUCCCCCAGGUCCCCGGCAUCACCGUGGUAGAGACGACGGAGACCACCGGCGGUGGUGAGGUGCCUCUGCAACUGCGCAACAACUAUGACCUGCACUUCCGCGCGCCCCCGCGCCCCAGCCGCCUUGAGGGCCGACAGCUCGAGCUCGCGCAGCUGCCGACGGCGACGGCGACGCAGACGGUCAAGAGGAUGUACGGUAUGCGGCUGCUGUACGAUAAUACCCCCGGCUUCGAGCUGGCAAACGGCGCGCGGCUGUGCGGCGUCGAGUUCCCGGCCAAGUACAACGGGGAGUGGGUCAUGGGGUGGCACGAGGGCAACUUUGGGUCCGCGCCGCUGGAUGUGCUGAAGCUGGAGCCGCCGCCGAAGGGUGAGAUACGCGCGGACACGGCGAGUAAUAUCUCGGCCGUGGCGCGGUGGAAGUUUGCGCCCCGGGCCAAGGAUGGAGGCGAUUGGUUGAAGUUUGAUCAGGGGGAAAGGAUCACCAAUAUCAGCUGGGCGUGGCAAGAUCACUGGUGCUGGUCCGGCACCAACGCCAAGGGCGUAUGGGGUAUCUUCCCGCAGACCUUUAUCGAUGGCUCCUCGAUCCGCGAAGUGUCUGACCGUUCCAGCAUCUCGAGCAGCGAGAGGAGAAAGUCUGGGACGGGGGGGUUCUUUGAGAGGUUCUCGUCGAGCCGUAAGGCGUCGAGGCAGCCGAGCGUCGCGCAGGUUAUGGUCUCGUCGGGGCCGCGGCCUUCGGUGGUUUAA